AUUAAAGGUAAUUUUGUCCCAAUUAUUUUUCUCAAUUUUUUAUCUAAGUUUAACUCAUUAAUACUUGGGUAAUUUUCCUUGAAUCCUCAGUUUAACGCCUGUACCUAAUCUUAAUCUGUCAUCCUUUCAAGAAACAGGCUCUGAGAUCAGUCGACAAAAUCUUGCGCACCUGCUUCCAUCAAUACCCAUUCAAUCAUUUUCUUCUCUGGCCACAUCAUUUUAGCUAAAGCCUCGCAAUUGCAAAUAGAUUUUUACCUGUAAUUAGUAAAAUCCCUCGUCCUCAUUAAGCAGCAUAGUAUGGGCGUGGCUUUUAAGACAGCUUAUCACCUUUCAAACUUCCAGCCCUACGCCCCCACUGCACACGGAUCAUUUUCGACUGGCUUGUUCUACUAAACUAACACACCACGCUCUCAUUACCAUAGCUUGAAUUCUUGAACCGGACCUGUUCUUCCGUGCCUUGAGGUGAUUUUGUUAGGGGCUGCGUGUUAGUGCGGCGAUCUUGUAGCGGUUCGCUUGAACUGAUUUCAAUGGAUGGACGGAAUUCGCUGAACACGUGUUCUCCAUUUCCUUCCAGGUCUUCCAGCCCACUAUAUAGACGCGUCCAGGCAGAAGCGGCUGUUCCGACCCCCAACUGGCCCCCACCUGAAAAAACACAAAACAAAACAGGAUGGAAACAAUUCUGAAAGGCUGAGCAGCUGCUAUCGAGUUACAAUCUCCUGGAGAAGCCUGUAGUAUAGACAUUUUAUAAGCCCCAUACGGGGUCGACGAGCCGACAGUCCCAUAGCUACCGUAAAGAAACCCAAAGCAUUCCUUUUUUCUAGGGGGGUACGACCCCUAGUCUACCUCGCUUCCCGGCAGUUGAAAGUGUGUCCGAUUUCAGUCGUAGUGCAGACGUCCAACGUUCAACUGCGUCGCUACAUGUCUCAGGAUUCGUUAACUACUCACUUUGGAUGGAUUUCCAGUUUUGGUGCCUGUAGAUAACGGAAAAAUUUGUGAUUUCAUCAUUGUUCUAUCUAUGUCCUCAUUAGCAGCAUAGUUUGGGCGUGGCAGCUUUCAAACUCUCAGCCCUACGCCCCCACUGCACUCGGAUCAUUUUUAACUGGCUUGUUCUACUAUAACUAACACAAUUCCGGACAUUCCGAUUCGAGAUGGAAAAUAUGUGCAUCAUCAAGAUUGCGGAUGAGAAGCGUAGGACGCGAACUUUGAUCCAAGGGUCGGUCAAGAGCACGCUGGAGAAGCAUUUCCAGAUGGAACAGAGGCCGUCGCUGGAAACCAUCGCCAAACUGGCGGCGUGUUUACGAAUUAAAAAGAAAAUCGUCCGCAUUUGGUUCUGCAAUCGGCGAUACAGGGAGAGAUACAUGAAACCGCUCACACCAUCAAAUACUACAUCGGUCUCACCGAUUCCGGCCGAGAUUGUGGAUCCUCUCGAUUCCGCCAACUUGUCGCCAGUUCAAUCAACAGCUGAAUUGUCUCCGAGUGUCCAGGACUCGCUUCGGCCGAGUGUCCAGGACUCGCUUCGGCCGAGCGUCCAGGACUCGACUGUUUCGUCUGGCACUCCCAACAAAAGGGCGGUGCUGGAAGGAUCGCCAAAGGAUGCUCUGGAGAAACACUUUGCAAUGGAACCCAAGCCGUCACUGGCGACCAUCGCUUGGUUGGCCGAUUCUCUGCGGAUGAAAGCGGAAGUAGUGCGCACCUGGUUCGGCAACCGACGCUGCAAGGAAAAACGAAUGAAGAAGUUUACCACUUUAAUGACGCCCAUGAGACAAACUCGACUGUCAGCUUCACGAGUUUUGAGGAGCGGCGACAUUGCGGAUGAAACAGCAGAGACGUCUCAAUUUGUCAAUGGAAAUAACUCGGCAGCAGAUUUGAGCGGUAUUGGUGUGGAUCCUUUGGAACGUCCUUCAUUAGACAACGUUGAAAAUGAAAUUUCUUUAGUUGAAGAUCAAACAUCUGGACAAGCAACUGCCGAAACCAAUUCAAUAAGUGAGGAGACAAACAAUGAGCUGCCUGAAAUGGAAUACUCUGUCGAAUCGCCGGAGCAGGAGGAUUCGACUGUACCGUCUGACGUUCGUUUCACCAGCUGUCAGCCCCGUCAGUUCAAGACGUCCAGGAAGAGGACGUUGAUCGAAGGAUCGCUCAAGGAUGCGCUGGAGAAACACUUUGACCAAGACCCCAAGCCUUCGCUCAAGGCGAUCGUCUCGCUGGCCCGUUCUCUCCGUUUGAAAGCGAAAGUGGUGCGCGUCUGGUUCGCCAACCGACGACACAAGCAAAAGUACUUGAAUCCAAUCGCCAAAUCAAAUAGGCCAGGAAAUCGGGCAGCUUCACAGCAAGCUCCGGUCCCUUGCCCAAUCGCGGAUGAAACCGCCGACACUGCUAUGAGGGAUCACGAUGGGUCUGUUAACGAAAACAAUUCUUCGACAGUCGAACAAAUAACUGAUUCUGAUCAAAAUGACGAAUCUAUUCCAGCAAGUAAGCCUGAAACUGCAAUGCCUGAAAUUAUCAGCCGUUCUUCAAAUUCAACUGCUCCAUCUGAAACCGCCGCUAUUAAAAGAACUUCUGGAGGUUCGUUCAAAAACGGUAGACCGUGGGGUCCUCUUUCACGUCGUCGACCAGUGAUUGAAGAUCAAACUGAACAAGAUGAAAUUGAAAUUACGGAAACACUUUUGGAGUCGACGAGAAAACUUUGUUUCGCCGAGAGGCUAAUCAAAAGAUGCAAGAAGAUUGGCAACCAGAACGAGAUGGAUGUGUACGCCAUCCCACUCAUCAGAUCGACCGAGUCUGAUUCCACUUUCGAGCGGUUCUCUUUCGGCCUUGCCGAUGAGCUGGCAGAGCACCGGACGGUCCUGGUGCUGGGCGCCGACGGAUCGAAUCGGUCGAAAUUCAUCAACGGGAUCGUCAACUUUAUCUUUGGUGUCGAGCAGGACGACAGUUUCCGUUUCCAGCUCAUCGACGAAGAAGAAACGAACGGCGUCAAGGUCUACGACAUCCACCACACCUUUAGCUUCCGCGUAUCGUAUUCCAUCACUAUCGUCGCCGCGCCAAGUUACGACACCGUCACCAACGACUCGCAAUAUUUCAGGGACCAGAAUGUUGCGAAAAUGUUGCUGGGCGCGAUGGAGAAGGACGGAGGCAUCCAGCAGCUGGACAUGAUUUGUAAUGUUGUCACAGAAGCCGUCGUCGACCAAUCAUUCAUGUCCAUUUUCGGCAAGGACAUGGCCGGAAGCAUCUACAACUGGCAGCCGUUUAACCACCUGGGUGACACCUGCUCAUGGCUGGAGGUGAUCCAGCGCUUCUGCACGGCCCUGGCCGACAAUACCAAUCCCAAAUCGCUGUCGCUGACCAAACAGGUGCUGCAAGAGCGGAAGCAGAUGGAAGCGGUGACGGACGGACUGGAGUCGCUGGUCAAAAUCGGCCACGGCAAGAUGAAGGAGGUGGACAAGGCGAAGCAGAUGAUCGUCUUUUGCGACUCGCAGAUCCAGUCGACGGACGAAGAGGAAGACGAGUGUUUCGUGGUGGAAAUGAAGAAGAAGGUCGAGCUUCCGGCCGGAGAGUGGGUCUACAACUGCAACCGCUGCUACGUCACCUGUCACGACGCGUUCUUCAAGGAGGAACCGGUCGAGGACGGACAUUUGAAUUCGGAGGAUCUUUACGAGUCGACCGUCACCGGCUACUGCUCCGUCUGCCCGGAUCAGUGCAAUUUGAUUAUGCACUCGAACCAGCCCUACCGCUGGGUGUCGGUCGAGAAGGUGACCAAGGUCUCGCCGGAUCUCGGCAAAAUCCAAAGGAACGAAGCCGAAAUCAAGUGGAAGGACAUCAAGUCCAAGGGUCGGGAUCUCAUCAAAGUGCUGGAAAAGGAUCUGGCCGCAAACGGCAAGGUCGUUCUGGAACAUUUCGCAGCCACCUGGCGGUGCAUCCAGCGGCUCAACAGGAUCGCUCUCCGCGGUAACUCGUUCCUGACUCGGAAAGUCUUUGACGUUCUCUACGACGCCGAACAGCUGAUAAAAGAACUCGGCUUCCAGGACGGACUAGCAAGUUUGAAGAACUAGACGUUAUGUAAUUAUUUGUUGUCUAAUUUUCCGUGUAUUAAUUGUACAACUUGUAAUAAUGAUGUUGGCAACUUGAUCAACCAUUCAGAAAUCAUCGGUCUCUCUGUAUUUUUAAAUUUUUAUUAUUUUUUCAAAAGAAAAUGAGCGCAUCAAAGAAUAAACUCUGCAUCUCCA